ACCCAUAACUUGAUACGGGCAGAGUAAUCGAGUUACUCUGUCUGAUAGCGCUCUACUUUUAGAUAAAUUAUUGAAAUUUAUCGGUAGUCUCGAAUUGUCAGUCGCUGCAAAGAAAUACAAUAUGAACUUGAAAAAUUUUGUGUGUUUGCUGUUAGUGUUAGAUUUGACAGUAAAUAAAAUUGUUUGUUAUAAUAUUCUAGUUGUAUUUGGGCAUCCAGGCAAAAGUCAUUACGAUGUUUUCGAAGACAUGUUUCGAGCUCUGGCAGAAAGAGGCCAUAAAUUGACAAUUUUAAGCCAUGUAAAUAGUCCGCAUCAUGAAAACAUUCGGCAUAUACUGUUUCGAGAUUCAGAACCACUGUUACAUGAUGUAAGUAUUACUGAAUCCCGAGGAAAAGGAUUCACGUACAUGGUCGACCAGCUUAAUAUGCUUUCAAGAUUUGGUAGCCGGAAUUGUAAGCGUGAUUUGCAAAGUCCUCAAUUUCAAUCAUUUUUGAAGGAAGAACAUGAAUAUGAUUUGAUCAUUGGAGAAAUGUUUAAUACUGUUUGCUACGACGGACUUGCGACUAAAUACAAUGUGCCGUUUAUAGGUAUAAGCUCAUGUUUUUACAUGCCAUGGCAUAGUGGGUUUUUCGGAAUUCCCUUUAAUACAGCAUAUAUGCCAAACGUACUAUUGGAUAUGAAAGCUCCAUUGACGUUCUUAGCAAGAGUUCAAAAUACAGUGACACAUUUAUUUUCACUUCUAUGGUUCAAACUUUACCUUUUCGAAGAGGGGCAAGAAAUGUCAAAGCGAUAUAUUGGGUACGAGCCUGCAGAUCCUUACAAAGCCAGUCUUCUGCUGGUUAAUAUUCAUCAUACGCUGAAUGGUGUUACCGCUUUGCCUCCUAAUGUCAUUGAAGUAGGCGGAAUCCAUGUAGUCAACAAAAAGCCGAAAAAGUUACCACAGGACAUAGAGAACUGGAUAAAUAAUUCAGAACAUGGAGUGAUCUACUUUAGCUUAGGAUCCAUGAUCAAAGGGCACACGUUUCCCGAAGAGCAGCGUAAAGCGUUUAUCAGGGCGUUUGCCAAACUGCCUCAAAGGAUUUUGUGGAAAUGGGAAAACGAAACUAUGCUAGACAAGCCGGACAAUGUUAUGAUUAGCAAGUGGAUGCCUCAGUUCGAUAUUUUGAGUCACUCCAACGUCAAGGUCUUUAUCUCUCAUGGAGGAAUGUUGGGCACUAUAGAAGCUAUAUUCAACGGAAAACCCAUUAUUAUAAUUCCUCACUUUGGAGACCAAGCCCACAAUGCGCGAAACCUGGAAAGAAAGGAAGUAGGGAUAUUUUUAGAUAUGCAUGAUGCAACAGAAGGAGCCAUCAGCGCCGCUUUACAGAAAGCUCUGAAUUCCAAAAUACUGGAGAAGGUUAAGUCUGUGUCAGAACAAUUUAGAGACCGUCCAAUGUCGCCAAUGGAUAGCGCAAUAUACUGGGUGGAAUAUGUUGCAAAACAUAGGGAGACACUGCAUAUGCGAUCUGAAGCAAUAGAUGUGCCGUUUUAUCAAUACUACCUGAUCGAUGUAGCAACAUUUUUAUUUGGAAUAAUUGCCAGUUUUCUGUUCACUCUAUACAAAAUUGCUAAACUGAUUUUAAGAGUAAUUACUAGGUUUUCUAAGAAUGCGAAGCAAAAAAGGCUAUAGCUAUUGAUUAUGAUAUUUAGGUCUUUUAUGAAUAUUAUGAAUGAAUAUUAUGAAUUAUUGAUUAUAAAUAAAACGUUUUUACUGUA